AUGGGGUAUAGAAGCUGCAAUAAAAUUUUCUCCACGGAACAGGAAAAAAUCAUGGUGCAAUAUAUUAUAAGAGCUGCUGAAAUAUAUUAUGGUCUUUCACCAAAAGAAAUUCGGCGACUUGCUUAUGAGCUAGCCAAAAAAUAUGAUUUGAAAAGACCUCCCCAAUGGGACGAAAACUGUCAAGCCGGUGUAGAUUGGUUCUCCGCUUUUAUGAAGAGAAAUCCUGAAUUAUCAAUAAGAUGUGCACAACCGACCAGUCUUUCUAGAGCUACGAGUUUUAAUGCUACAAAUGUAAAAUUAUUUUUCGACAAUUUGGCGAAAGUAUUGGACAGAUAUCAUUUUGAGGCUAAAGACAUAUAUAAUGUCGACGAAACUGGUAUGACUACCGUUCAACGACCUGACAGAAUCGUAACAAAGAAAGGAACAAGACAAGUCGGAGCUCUGACAUCGGCGGAACGCGGAACACUAGUUACAAUGACUGUGGCUGUUAAUGCUAUUGGAAAUUCUAUUCCUCCUAUGUUUCUUUUCCCGCGGCUUCGGUAUCAAGAACAUUUUGUGACAGAUGGUCCUGUAGGAUGUAUUGGAGCUGGUAAUCCCAGUGGAUGGAUGCAGGAAGAACAAUUUCUCAUUUUUUUAAAGCAUUUCCAAAGAUAUACUAAUUCAUCAGUCAAUCAUGAAGUUUUACUCUUGCUCGAUAAUCACUCUUCACAUAUUUGUAUACAAGCAUUGGAUUUCUGCAAAGAGAAUGGUAUUGUGGUUCUUUCGUUUCCGCCGCAUUGUUCGCAUAAAUUACAGCCCUUGGAUCGUUCAGUAUAUGGACCUUUCAAAACAGCUUUUAAUUCUGCGUGUGAUGGAUGGAUGAGAAGUAAUCCGGGUAAAACGAUGACUAUAUACAAUAUCCCAGGAAUUGUAAAAACAGCUUUGCCUCUAGCUCUUACCCAAAGUAAUAUUCAGGCAGGAUUUAAUUCUACUGGGAUUUUUCCAUUUAACAGGGAUAAAUUUAGUGAUUUAGAUUUUGCUCCAUCAUAUGUUACGGAUAGACCAAUGCCUGGAUCGAAUAUUCUAGAUUCCAAUACAAGUUUACAAUCCACAAAUAAUGAUACUGAACCUCAAACAUCCGUCAGAAAUAAGAUUGCACUUCAAAUAUCCACAAACACUGACAACGAAAACCAAAUAAUGCCAACAUUUGAUUUUACUGUUCCGUCUAUUCCUGAAAAAACCAACACCAAUGUAGGACUUCAACAAAACGCGCAGAUUGAGUAUGAAGAAAAGCGAAAGAAAAGAGUUAAAAAAAAUCUUUCGAAAUUGCAAAGUAAACCAAAGAAAUCUAGCCGUGCUACCGCUAAAAAACAAAAAAAAUAG